AUGUCCUACCAAAAAUCAUUAGAAAUAUUCACGGAAGAGAGAAAAAGAAUGGGUUGGAGUGUCGAAGAGCGGCGUGAGUUUCUUCUUAGAAUUGAACAUUUGAUCCGUAAGUGGAGAGGACCACUUCCUGAAUUCGAUAAUUUAUUUGAUCCCGAAGAAAUAGAAUGUCUUCUCAACGAUUCCAUACAUUCUAUAGUGGAUAAAACGACGUUUGAGAGAGCCAAAGAAUUCAUCCAGUUUGUGAUAAAGACAGAAUACACGGACGAGCCUGAGCUCGAUAAAGAAGAUAUGCCAUGGCUGUAUCACACCACACCUAUACAUAGCGCAGCUAAUAACAACUACGAAGACAUCCAUGUUAUCAUCGAGGAGCUGUUCAAAAUGUAUAAUAGCUAUGACGUGAAUUACAUCGACGAGUACGGUUACACUCACUUUCAUGUGGCGUGUAAAUUUGGAUUAGAUGAGAUCGUUGAGAAAUUUCUCGAAUUCGAACCGAAUCCCAUUCAUACCGUGUCGGAAGCAGAUGAUUCGCCACUCGAAUUGGCUUUAGAGAACGGACACAAAAAAGUGGCUGAGCGACUGCUCAGGAAUGGCGCCGAUCCAAAUCUGGCCAACAGAUGGGGACUCACACCUUUGCACAUUUUAAACAAGAGACGCGGUAACAGUGACUUGGUGAAAAUGUUCUUCCACGUUAACGACGAAUUGAAUCAAACUUUGCGGGUCGAUGCCCUGAACGACUUGGGCGAGGCACCAUUGCAUCUCGCUGUGUUCUACGGCAACCUCACGAUGUUCCGAUUGCUGCUCGAACACGACGCCGAUCCGAAUCUUGCCAACGGGGAGAAAUCGACUCCUCUGCACCUCAUUAGUCUGUAUGGGCACUAUGGCUUGGGAGAGCUAUUAUUCCGAAUCAACGAGAGAAAAUAUCGAGAAGGAAAGACGUCGCUCGUGCGAGUCGAUGUCCAGAACGAGUACGAUAACACUGCGUUGCACUACGCUUUGCGGCGCGGUAAAAAAGAUAUCGCCCGAUUGCUGUUGAGAAAUGGCGCCGAUCCGAACUUGGCGAAUAGGGAAGGCUUGACUCCUCUACGAAUCAUUAUUAAUUUCCAUGAAGUCUACUCCGCGGACUUGGCGAAUAUACUCUUGAAAAGCAGCAAAGAAGUAAAUCAGCUGGUACAAGUCGAUCAGCCAGACCGAUCGGGCAACAUACCGUUGUACUACGCACUGCAACGCGGUAACAUGCAAAUGAUCAGAUGGCUGUUGAAAAAUGGCGCCUGUUCCGUGCAAGUCAAUAAGCCAGAUGAUUCUGGCAAUACACUGCUACAUUACGCUUUGCAACGUGGCAACGUAUGGAUAAUCGAAGAACUGUUGAGAAGUGGCGCCGACCCAAAUUCUGCCAAUAAGACAAGCUUGACUCCUCUACACAUCAUUAUUAAUUUCCAUGAUAGCAACUCGGAAAAAUUGGCGAAUAUACUUUUGGAGGCAAGCUGCCGGCCGCUGCAAGUCGAUAAACCCGAUCAAUCGGGCAACACACCUUUGCACCACGCUUCGCAGCGCGGUAACGUAAGCAUGAUGAAGUGGCUGUUAAGAAAUGGAGCAAAUCCAAAUUUAACUAAUCAGGAAGGCUUAACUUCUCUGCAUAUAAUUAUUCACAAUCAUAAACACCGCUCGUUCUACUUUGCGAAAAUAAUAUUGGACGGCAGCAAAGAAUUAGGUCUUGAAGUGGAAGUCGAUAAGCCAGAUAAUUCUGGCAAUACACCGUUGACAUUGGCCGUGGGAAAAUUGUACCCACGAUUGGUCGACGUACUCUUGGAUCAUGGUGCCGAUUGUUCCAGAUUGAUUAUACCCUCUAAAAUUAUGCCAGAGUAUCACAAAUGUAAGAAGAACUUUAAAUUGAUAUUAGUGUCUGGGAUUAUAGCCGUCGUAGAACGUCUUCAGAACAGAGGACUGCAAUUUAAUGAGUCCAGUUUUCUUAUCUACUACACUAGAGCGGUGAUCAACUACGGACCGAGCAAGACGUCAGCGAAUGUCCAAGAAUCUUGGUACGACGACGAGGAAUUCGCAGAAGGAGCGAAAAAAAUAAUGAUGAAGCCGAAUCUGUCACUUUACGACCUAAUUCGGUUGCCAUCUGAUGAAGCGCAAAGACAACUCAAGUCAACAGACUACUUGGAAUUUGCGCGUUCGAAAAAAUGGGGUAAGCUUCCCAUUGGGCCACUGGGAAGAAGUCUUUGGGAGAUUUGCGCUGAGCACCUGUGCAAAAAUAUACCAAGGGCACGCUAUUUUUUGGAUUGGCAAUUAGCACCUUUUCAUUAA